GCGCACGCGCGGGGGCCAUAUUAGCGAGGCUACGCGGGCAGCGGGGGUGGUUUUCCGCCGGCGGAGUAACGCGCUCGGUGUAGAUCUUGACUCUUCAGUGUCUUCACUCCGGAAUUAUAUAAAAUUCAGAAAACAUGUCUCGAAGAUAUGACUCCAGGACUACUAUAUUUUCUCCAGAAGGUCGCUUGUACCAAGUUGAAUAUGCCAUGGAAGCUAUUGGACAUGCAGGCACCUGUCUGGGAAUUUUAGCAAAUGAUGGUGUUUUGCUUGCAGCAGAGAGACGCAACAUCCACAAGCUUCUUGAUGAAGUCUUUUUUUCUGAAAAAAUUUAUAAACUCAAUGAGGACAUGGCUUGCAGCGUGGCGGGUAUAACUUCGGAUGCUAAUGUUCUAACUAAUGAACUGAGGCUCAUUGCUCAAAGGUAUUUGUUGCAGUAUCAGGAGCCUAUUCCCUGUGAGCAGUUGGUCACAGCACUGUGUGACAUCAAGCAAGCUUAUACACAGUUUGGAGGAAAACGUCCCUUUGGUGUUUCAUUGCUGUACAUUGGCUGGGAUAAACACUAUGGCUUUCAGCUCUAUCAGAGUGACCCUAGUGGAAAUUACGGGGGCUGGAAAGCCACAUGCAUUGGAAAUAACAGUGCAGCAGCUGUGUCAAUGUUGAAACAAGACUACAAAGAAGGAGAAAUGACUUUGAAGUCAGCACUUGCUUUAGCUAUCAAGGUGCUAAAUAAGACCAUGGAUGUUAGUAAACUUUCUGCUGAAAAAGUGGAAAUUGCAACCCUAACAAGAGAGAAUGGCAAGACAGUAAUCCGAGUUCUCAAACAGAAGGAAGUGGAACAGCUGAUCAAAAAACACGAGGAAGAAGAAGCUAAAGCUGAGCGUGAGAAGAAAGAAAAAGAACAGAAAGAAAAGGAUAAAUAGGAGACCAAAUCAAGGAUUUUAUAACUCAUUUUGGGCACCAUUUCAGUGUAAGACCUGUCCUAAUCUUUCACACUGAGAGAGCUUUGACUUUUUUUUUAACUUGUGCAGUGAGGAAAUAGGACAUUACAUGCUGAACUGGGUCCUUGUUAUUUCUAUUCAGUUGAAUACCUUAUGGUAAUGAUUGGUCUUCAUGGACAUCUUACAAGAUUUUUUGUUUGUUUUUUGAAUAAAACUUGGAAGAAUGGAAAUGGUGUAUUUACUAUAUAAAAAAAUGUAGCAGUAAUUGAUAAAGAUGCCAGGAUGAAUAUCUUCUUUUCAUGCUUUGUUUGUACUGUGGCAACCCUUUAGUUACUUUUAAAUAGGGUGUUAAAACUGACAGAAAUGUAACCGCUAUAAAAAGGGGAAGAUGGGAGCUGUGCACUGAAGAUUUCCUUUGCUGUCCUUCACCUAGCAUCUUGGAGAGUCUGUAGCUGUCUAUAGUCUAUAGCAGAGAGCUGCCCUCCCCCUAGGCCUAAUAAAACAAACAAACAAAAAAACCAAA